AUGUCAUUGGAAAGCCUUAUUCUGUGGAUAGAAGAUGCCAAUGGAUCAGCUAUAUCAUGUGGUUUACAAGUCAAAGAAGAUCCUGCUACAGGAAGAGGUAUUUAUAUAGGAUCUGAUUUCCUGAAGUCAUCACUCAAUCAACCGCUCAUCACCAUCCCUCAUGGGUUAUUAGUUAAUAGACAUACGGUAUUACAAACUAUAACUAAGAAUAGUGACGAUAAAAGUUGUCCUGAAAAUGAAAUAUAUGCUUCCCACUCUAAGGAUUGGUGGAAUAGUCUUUCUUCUGUGAGAAUGGUUCUGACAUUUCUUCUUGUGGAGAAAGCCAAAGGUCCCAACUCCUUUUAUGCUCCAUUCAUUGAUAUGUUACCUGAUAUAAAGGAUUUUGAGCUUUCACCGCUAUUCUGGCAUAUUCAGAAUGAACAGGAGCUGAUAAAAUCACUUCCUUCACAAACAGCAGUUUUAACAUCAAAGAUAAUAAAACGGUUCGAAGAGGAUUUUGAAUUCACAUUGACCAACUUCAAGUUCCAACCCGAAAAAAUCCUGAAAUUAGAGUACUUUUGGGCCUGGAUGUCCAUAAACUCUCGUUGUCUUUAUAUGAAUCUCGAUGACCGAAUUCAUGCUAAUAACUGGACUCUUUGUCCGUUUGUUGAUUUCAUUAACCAUUCUCCAUCUGAAUCAUGUACCAAUAGAGUUGAUCCUGUCAAGGGAUUCCAGGUCAUCGUUCCCAAUGGAUUUCUGGUAAUGCCAGAAGAUCAAAUCUUUUUCAAUUAUGGCCCCCAUCUGAAUGACUUUCUAUUGGUUGAAUACGGCUUUACCUCUUUACUGAAUAAGUGGAAUGACUUACACUUAGAUUCUGCCAUUUUACCCUUGAUAAGUCCGGAGCAAGUGGAGUUUCUUAAAGAAAAUGACUACUACGAAAAUUACACCAUAGACUCCAAUGGAGAAUUGUCCUUUCGUACUCAAGUGGUAUUUGCACUUGUGAGUCAGGGCGAUUGGCAUACCAACACUGGGAAACGGAAGCUCAGCUUGUUCAUGCAAGGGUAUACGGAGUUUUCACAGUUCAAUGUGAAGCCCAUAGUUAAAAAGGUAUUGGGGAAAGUGAGAAAUGAUAUCAAGCAUAAGAUAAGAUGGAGACAAGAUUCUGAUGCUCGUAAAAGGGUUAUUGGAGAAUUGUGUACACAAAUGGACCAUAUAGCCUCAAUAACACUUACAGCAAUAGAGCUUGAACAAUGA